AUGGGUAGGGCACCUUGCUGUGACAAAGCAAACGUGAAGAAAGGACCUUGGUCUCCAGAAGAAGAUGCUAAGCUCAAAUCCUACAUCGAACAGCACGGAACCGGUGGUAACUGGAUCGCUUUGCCACAAAAGAUCGGUCUUAAGCGAUGUGGCAAGAGUUGCCGUCUCAGGUGGCUAAAUUAUCUUCGCCCUAAUAUCAAGCACGGAGGUUUCUCUGAAGAAGAAGACAACAUUAUUUGCAGCCUUUACGUUAGUAUUGGAAGCAGGUGGUCGGUCAUUGCAGCUCAAUUGCCAGGACGAACUGAUAAUGAUAUAAAGAACUAUUGGAACACGAGGCUGAAGAAGAAGCUUCUAGGGAAGCAUCGUAAAGAAUUGCAACAGUCACGUAAUAAAGGAAACGGUGUUGUUGUUAAGCAAGAAAGCAAUAGAGGGAGAGGGAGUGGGGAAAAUAGUACUCAACAACAGCCAUAUUGGCCACAGAUUCCUGUGCUGCCACCGUUGUUGCCAUACACAAAUCAAGGUCCCAGUAGUUUCAACGACCAAGAUUCUAUUAGAAAAUUGCUAAUUAAACUUGGAGGGAGAUUCCCUGAUGAUUACCAUCCUACCCUUGAUGGGUUGAAUCUUCAAUUCCCAGAUGGCACUCCCACAACACAACAAUUUCAUGAAGAACAAGUCCACAAUAUUGGCUCUUCAGCUGGUUGCAUGAACUCUAUUAACAACAAUCAAGUACAAUUUUCUCAGACUAAUAAUCUGUAUUGUGCUGAGGUGGCCGCAGGAUUUGACUACGUGCAAGGACAAGGAAGUUUCUCUGCAACAAUUGGGGAAAUGGUAUCUACUAAUUAUCCACAAACUUUUGGUGGAUUGGAGUUCUUCCAUGGGGAGGACAUGAUCACUGAUAAGAUAAUAGAUACUCCUACUUGUAUCCAAAGUACCAAUUGGGGUGAGACAAGCACUGUGAUUUAUCCACCUCUUGUUGCUUCAAAUUACCAGUGUUUGCGGCAAGAGACCUCAGAAGAAUGUGUUUUUCAAGAGUUGAGCUACCCAUAG